UCUUGCUCAUCAAGAAGCUCGUUCACCAUCCCUCGCGGAGUACUCCCCGCCCGAUUCAACCGCCGACGGCGUCUAUGUGGCGCCCGCAAAGCUCCCCCAAAGCUCCCGGCUCGAAGCGCGCCAUCUAUGCCUGCCCGUAUCAGGCGCCAUCGUGCUCUGUAGUGCACGCCAGCAGCGUCCCUGACAACGGCGGCAUCCCCUGCCCGUGAGCUGAAGCUGACGGACGUGUGCUGCCAAUGAAUUGGCCGCGCUCGAUGAUACUGACUCUCCGCUCAACCGGUCCUUUUCUGAGACCAAUGACAAGCUGUGUCACCUGGGCUCAGUACAUACGUAAUUACCUGUCUCGCCUCCCCGAGCAGGGGGGUUAACACCGCCGGCGCCGGCUCUAUCUACAGAAUUCCCCUCUCCGCAGUCACGCAGACGGUUCAUACGCUUCAAUGGCCGAGAAGAAGGAAUACACCAAGGAUGAGGAAAUCGUCGCCGCGGGGACCGUCGGGGCGGAGCAGCUGAGCCCGGAGGAGGACAAGAGGUUGCUGCGCAAGAUUGACCUAUGCCUGCUACCCGUGAUGGCCUUGUCCUACCUGUUCCAGUUCCUGGACAAGUCCGCCCUGGGCUUCACGGCCAUCAUGGGUCUUCGGGAGGACUUGCGGCUAUCGGGUCAAGACUUUUCCUGGGCGUCGAGCAUCUACUAUUUCGGGUACUUGAUUGCGUCGUACCCGGCCGGUCUGGUCAUGGUGCGCUGGAAAGUCGGCAAGACGAUUGCCGUCGCGGUCGUCUUUUGGGGCGCCAUGCUCAUGCUGACAGCCGCGACGUCAAAUGCCGCCGGACUGCUGGCAGUCCGUUUCCUGCUUGGAGUCUGCGAGGCACCCAUCGCCCCCGGUCUGUCCGUCAUUGUGGCCAUGUGGUACAAGCGCUCCGAGCAGCCGCUCCGGCACGCCGCGUGGUUCUUGGGCAAUACCACGGCCGGCAUCGUAGGCGGGUUGGCCGCUUAUGGUAUUGGCCACGUCCAAAGUAUUGCAACUUGGAAGGCCGUGUUUCUCAUCUUCGGAGGAGCCACCGUCGCCUGGUCGGUCGGUGUCGUCUUUCUGUUGCCCGACGUCCCUAUGACGGCGUACUUCUUGAGCGAGGAGGACCGCGCCAAGGCGGUGGCACGAGUGACGGAAAACCGAACCGGCAUCAAGAACAAUCGCUUUAAAUGGAACCAAUGCCGCGAGGCGCUCCUCGACCCCAAGACCUGGAUCAUCGUGUUGAUCCAGAUAUGCGGAAACAUACCCAACGGCGGCAUUCACUCGUUUGGAUCCAUUGUCAUCGAAGAGGGCCUUGGGUUCGACACGUUGCCGACACUCUUGUUGACCAGUGCCAGCUAUCUCUCCCAGCUUAUCCUCGUGCUGUUAGCCACGGGGGGCAGCACCUACUUUCGCAACACACGGACAUAUUUCAUGAUGCUGAAUUAUGCGCUGGCCAUUGUGGGCUCAUGCAUGGUGCGCCAGCUGCCGCCCGAGCAGAAAUGGGCGCGGUAUGCCGGCUACUGCCUGAUUAUGGCAUUCAGCGCCAACUUCCCCGUGGUCAUGUCGCUCGUGUCAGGCAACUUUGGUGGCUUCACCAAGAAGAUGACGGUCAAUGCUACCGCGUUUGUGGUGUACUGCGCAGGCAACAUUGUGGGCCCGCAGCUCUUCUUUGCGAGGGAGGCUCCCACGUACACGUCGGGCUUCAUGGCCAUGAUUGUGUGCUUUGGCGUGGGCUUGAUCGCCAGUGGCCUCUUGCGAGUUUACCUUGCGCGGGAGAACCGUCGGCGUGACACUCUCAGCCUUGGGGGAGAAGCCGAAGCCGAGACCGUGGAUGCGGGGCUCAUGGCCAAUCUCUUGGACAAAACGGACAAGGAAAUUCCGCAGUUUCGAUACGUAUAUUAGGCUGUCGGCAUGGCGGCGUCUGCCAAUACACACUUUGAAGCCUGGCUGCUGCGUACGGCCACAUGAGUGCAUGUGGUCCUGGUUUGCAAAGGGCUUUCCAUACCUUUCGACGGUGACCUUGGCGUCGCUAUGCAAGUGAACUUCGAUAACCGUUAGGUACUUGAACCCUUCAAAGAG